AAUGGAUACCGCUCCAGUAGCAUAGAUACCAUCCUUAGACUUGAGUUGGGCUACGGUCGCCAUAAGCAGGGCAGCAAACUUCCCUGGGACCAGCAGCGGGCAGUGCAUCAACACAAUUGCUCCAGCGCUUGCUUGUCGCGGGCAAUAGAAACGAGGCGCAUCCAUUCGGACGUCCCCAACUGUGACAACUCAAAUAGCGAACAACGCUGACCAUCUUGCACAAAUGGCGGACCCACGCAUGAGCGACCAGGAGCUCUUUGCCCUCAAUGCAAAAGCUGCCGUCAAGAACUACUCAGUCGAUCCACGUCUCGAUUACCGCACCGUUAGCGCCAUCAAUGGUCCCCUCGUCGUCCUCGAUAAGGUUCGCUUCCCCAGUUACAAUGAGAUCGUCAGCCUCACCCUGCCGGAUGGCAGCAAGAGGGGUGGCCAAGUCCUCGAAGUCUCGGGUGACAAGGCGAUCGUACAGGUUUUCGAGGGCACCAGUGGCAUCGAUGUGAAAGACACACACAUCGAAUUCACCGGUUCAUCCAUGAAGCUGCCAGUCUCAGAGGACAUGCUGGGUAGAAUCUUCAAUGGGUCAGGCGCACCGGUGGACAAGGGACCAAAGGUCUUUGCAGAGGACUACCUUGACAUCAAUGGCUCUCCCAUCAACCCGUUCUCCCGCGUUUACCCCGAGGAGAUGAUUCAGACUGGAAUCUCGACGAUCGACACGAUGAACUCCAUUGCCCGUGGUCAAAAGAUCCCCAUCUUUUCGGCUGCGGGUCUUCCGCACAAUGAGAUUGCCGCGCAAAUUUGCCGUCAAGCUGGUCUUGUCAAGCGUCCUGGUGCCCAAAAGGGUGUCCAUGAUGGCCAUGAGGACAACUUCUCCAUCGUCUUUGCAGCUAUGGGUGUCAACAUGGAGACAGCUCGCUUCUUCAAGAACGACUUCGAGAGCAAUGGCUCGCUGGAUCGUGUCACUCUCUUCCUCAACUUGGCCAACGACCCCACAAUCGAACGUAUCAUUACACCAAGAUUGGCGUUGACAACUGCAGAAUAUUACGCAUACCAACUCGAAAAGCACGUUCUUGUCGUGCUCACCGACAUGACCUCGUACGCCGAUGCCCUGCGUGAAGUAUCCGCUGCUCGUGAAGAGGUCCCAGGUCGUCGUGGCUACCCCGGUUACAUGUACACGGACUUGUCUACCAUUUAUGAGCGUGCCGGCCGUGUCCAAGGGCGGAAUGGUUCAAUCACACAGAUUCCGAUUCUUACCAUGCCCAACGAUGACAUGACCCACCCGAUUCCCGAUUUGACGGGCUACAUUACGGAGGGCCAGAUCUACGUCGACCGGCAGCUCCACAACCGGCAGAUCUACCCGCCAAUCAACGUGCUCCCGUCUCUUUCGCGCCUAAUGAAGAGCGCCAUCGGAGCCAAGCACACGCGAGGAGACCACGGUGAUGUGUCGAACCAGCUAUACGCAAACUACGCCAUUGGUCGCGACGCUGCUGCGAUGAAGGCUGUCGUCGGUGAGGAGGCGCUGAGUGCAGAAGACAAGCUGUCGCUCGAGUUCUUGGACAAGUUUGAGCAUCAAUUCGUGGCGCAAGGUGCAUACGAGACGCGUACCAUUUUCGACUCGCUCGACAUUGCAUGGAGCUUGCUGCGCAUCAUGCCGAAGGAGAUGCUCAACCGCAUCAGUCCCAAGGUUAUCAAAGAGUACUAUGCACGGAAGCCCUCGAAGAGCACCCGUGGCGCACAGCAGCAACAGCAGCAGCAGGAGGAGGCGAGCAAGAAGGAUAAGGACACGCGGGACUCAGUAGUCCCAGAAGAAGGCAAGCUCGUCGAUGCCUAAGGUUGCAUCGUCGACGUCGGUCCCUCGGCACCGAGGUGGUCCCGCAUUC